CCCUCUUACAGCAGUCCAAGACCGCAGCCCAACCGGCAAUCUCUCCACGGAAAAUAAUCCCCCAUCUCCGCCGCAUCAAUGGCGGACGGCGGCCCAGCCCCCGCCGUCGACGUUCCCGUCCCCGUCCCCGGCGGCGGGGCGCCUGCCACCAUACUCGACUCCCUCGGCGAGGACAUCACCCGCAUCGUCGGGCCAGUCUCCGCCUGCAUGCUUAUCGUCGUCCUCCUCGUCUCCAUCCUAUCCUCCCCCUCGUCCCCGUCCCCGCUCACCGCCGCCCUCAACACGGCCGCGGCCGCCGGCGGAGACGCCGGCGCGGGCGACGACCUCACCUCCGCGCUCAUCACCGCCGGCACCUUCGUGGUCUUCGUCACGGCCGCGACCUUCCUCAUGGCGCUGCUCUUCUACUUCCGCUGCACGCCCUGCCUCCGCGCCUACAUGGGCUUCUCCGCGAUCUGGGUCCUGCUCGCGCUCGGCGGCCAGAUAUGCCUCCUGCUCCUCUCCCGCCUCCGCCUCCCGCUCGACGCCGUCUCCUUCGCGCUCCUCCUCCCCAACGCGGUGGCCGCGCUCGCGCUCGCCGCCGUCUCGCCGGCCUCCGUCCCCAUCGCGCUCCACCAGUCCGCGCUCCUCGCCAUCGCCGUGCUCACCGCCUUCUGGUUCACGCUGCUCCCGGAGUGGACCACCUGGGCGCUGCUCCUCGCCAUGGCCGUCUACGAUCUCGGGGCCGUCCUCAUCCCCGGUGGCCCUCUAAGGGUCCUUCUCGAGCUAGCCAUGGAGAGAAACGAGGAGAUACCGGCAUUGAUCUACGAGGCAAGGCCAGUCGAUCCCAGGCACGGCCAGAAUUGGCGUCUUUGGGCCUCCAGGCAGCCUCCUGCUGGGGAUUUGGAUCCUACUUCCACAGCUGAUGCGAUCGCUGAGGCAUUGAGGAGAAGAAGCAAUUCAGCCGAUUCCUUGACCCAAGCUGCCGUUGGUAAUCCAAGCCUCAGCCAAUUUCUAGUGCCAGCUUUGAGCUCUGAUCCUGCCAAUGCACAAACAAGGGAGGUGUUGGCAGCACUGCCAGAGACUAGAGUUGACGUUGCUGCACUGAGGGUGCCAUUGAUCCAGCCACAGCCAGAUAGAACCAGGGAACAACAGGACGACGACAGCGACGAUGAAGGCGGCAUUGGGUUGGGCUCCUCAGGGGCCAUCAAGCUUGGGCUGGGCGAUUUCAUAUUCUACAGCGUGCUCGUCGGGAGGGCGGCUAUGUACGACUACAUGACGGUCUACGCAUGCUAUCUCGCCAUCAUUGCUGGGCUCGGUGUUACUCUGCUACUGCUGGCAUUCUUCCGCAAGGCAUUGCCUGCUCUGCCGGUGUCCAUCACCCUCGGCGUCUUGUUUUACGUGCUCACUAGAACACUGCUCGAGAACUUUGUUAUGCAGUGCUCCACAAAUUUCCUCAUGUUUUAGGAUUAAUGCAGCAUUGCAUGGUUGUAUCUUAGUAGUUCACAGUUAAGGCCUUCUCCAGAUGGUCAGGUCAUGUUUAUGGAAGUGUUCAUCUGGGUUAGGCCAUGCUUGUGAACUGUCAAUCUGAUGGCUCACGUGACAUGUUACUGUAUGGAAUGGCUGUCAACCCUU